UUGGGGGUCGGCUACGCUGGCGUAUCUGUAUCGCCAGUUAGGAUUCUCGAGCCGGGCUGAUGCAGCAGGUAUCACUGGAUGUCUGACGUUGUUACAGACCUGGAUAUAUGAGUAUUUUCCUGCGUUUCGACCACACCGCGACCCGGUUCCCAUUGGUGAUGGCCAGCCACGUGCCUGUGCGUGGAGUCCGCGUGUCGAGAAGAAGUCCGUUGACCGCCUGCGCUCCAUACGGUUAUCGCUUGACAGGAUGUCCCCCUUAGAGGUGAACUGGAUGCCUUUCGGCCAGAACCCUAGUAAUAGGGUACCCAGGACCCUCUACACCGGACUGAUUCAGUAUCGCGAGAUCGUAGAGGCGUACAUGCCGCAGCGCUGUCUUCGCCAGCUUGGAUUUGUCCAAGUUGUCCCACCUCCACCGGCAUGGCCCAGUAAGGCGGUACGAUCUGCGUCGUCGAAGGAGUACGUCGUCCAAUGGCCGGCAAACAUGAUAUCCAUGUGGGAGCAGUUUCCGAUGGUUGCCCGCCUAUGGACGGCGGAGCUGCAGCGGCCGCCAAGUGGGGUGACUGCCAUGUGUGACCAGCACUACAUGGAAUGGUACAUCCGGCACUCGCACCCGAGGUUGAUCAAAGACAUCGACGACGCAGAUGAUGACGAUGUGCCACCUGCCACUGCCUCUUAUGCGGUACGUCUCAUCUUUUAUUUGUUGUUCUCUUAUUUUAAUAUAUAUAUGUAUAAUACGUCGUUUCAUGUUUUUUGUUUUGUGUAGUGGAUGGGAAAGAUUAUGCAGUUGGGACACCGACUUUUUGAGGAAAGGGACUGCAUGACGAGUGCAUCAGGCAGAGCUGUUAUUGACGAUCUGGAACGGACUCUUGAGCAGUGGCAGUGGGCGUCACAGAGGGAUUACUGAUAUUUGAAAUUAGACAUUAUCUUUUUAGUUUGUAA